CAUUGAUGCUAGACGCUCUGAUUCUGCUAUGUAAAUGUCUGCUAGAUCCAACGAGGUUAGAUCACUUUUGGUAAACUUUUAACGUUAUUCACGUCUACACGCCUAAGGGACACUUUUUUGAUUAUUAAAGUUUAAAAUAAUUGUUUUGCGAUGAAGGGAGUGACUUUUUUCUUCAAUGAGAGUUGCUUUUUAGCGAGUUUUGCCGGGCGGCCACUAAUGGCAUGGCUGUACAAUCCAAUCCAAGCCCCAUGAAUUUGAAUUCGAUUGAAACUGAUUGAAACAGUUGUGUGCGGCGUGUAUGUGCGUGCGUAUGUGUUCCGCGCUCCGUAUGAAUGAAAGAGUGAAUGUGCCGCAACACAUUUCUGUUGCUCUAGGAACCCCGAUGCUUGUAACAGCCGCGUAAAGUUAGCAAUGUUGUUUCGUUGGUUCCUCUUUAUUUACACCAAUCCGAACGACGCAGUGACCCCAAAAUGUUAGAAUUUUUAAAUCUCCGGUGCAUCACGUGUACCCCCAGCUUCCGCGUUCUAUUUCGCCUGUGUAUUCAUUCAGUUCUAUUUAAAUCCGCGAAGACACCCUACCAGCUCCACGUUCAUAUCACACGCACCAGCGAUGGAAAAUCAGUACCUCCAAGUCAACUCCGUCGUGAUCAAGGGCACGCUCACGAUCGAACACCUUCUCGACAACGGUACGCCGUCCCGAAAGUCCACGCACCCGAACUCCGAGGCGACGUUGUGUCGCAACGAAUUCAGAGACGUCUUGCUCCAGGCUCACCUGGGCACACGCAGCGCCGUGUAUCCUCUACGGAACGCCAAAAUUCACAAACGGUUUGUGAAAGAAGGCAAGAUGUCUAUCGUGCUGGCAGAGCAGAAGGUCAACCUGUACUUCUCCAACUGUCCGUCGAACAAGCUGAGCACGUUCGUCAAGUUCCUUUCGGCCAAGGGCACGAACCCGGACCAGACCGUGGGUGCUAGAGAGCGUCUGCUGUCGGACAAGCCCAAGGGGAUUCAGGAGAUCAGCCCGCUGAUGCUGCGCUGCCCGAACACCGGUCAAAGCCUCCCGAGUCAGAAGAGAGCGCUUGCCGAAACGUCCUCGACGACUCCGGCCAAGAAGCGGAAAGGGGUGACCGAAGUGGCGAUGCCCAGUAGGACGCUGAACCCCAUCCAGCUCACCGCUGAACAGAAGGCGGUCGUGAGUGCGGUGAUGGCCGGCCGAAACGUCUUCUUCACCGGAAGUGCCGGCACUGGCAAGUCCUACCUCCUCCGCCACCUCAUCUCCUCCCUGCCGCCCCAGGACACCUUUGCCACCGCCACGACCGGGGUGGCGGCUGCACAGAUUGGGGGCACCACGCUUCACGCGUUUGCAGGUGUGGGCACGGGCACGGCCACUGUAGAACAGAUGGUGGAACGUGCCCAGAGACCGCCCUGGGUGGCACAGUGGCGGCGUUGCAGCGUUCUUGUCGUCGACGAGGUUUCGAUGCUGGACGGCCGCUUCUUCCAGAAGCUCGAGCGCGUUGCUCGUCUCGUGCGUCGCAGCGACCGCCCUUUUGGCGGGAUCAAGCUCGUCCUGUGCGGCGACUUCUUGCAGCUGCCGCCGAUCUCGCGCAAGGGAGACCCUGCCCCCGUCUUCUGCUUCCAGACGGCAGCAUGGCGACAGUGCGUGCAGGUGUCCCUGGAGCUGCGCCAGGUGCACCGGCAGCGAGACCCCAAGUUUGUGGAGCUCCUUCAGGAGGUCCGGCAUGGGCGGUGCCCAGAGUGGGUCGAGGAGAUCCUCGAACGCACGGCGGACAACUGCCUCAACACAGGGAGCGUUGUUGCCACACGGCUGAGCACACACAACGAUGACGUCGACUUCAUGAACAAACAUCGAUACGAUGCCCUGCCGAGCCAGGAGCACGUGUUUGUGGCAACAGACUCUGCAGGCGCUCCGUCGGACCUACUCGACGCCUGUGCGCCGUCGACGUUGCGUCUCAAGGUCGGUGCUCAAGUGAUGCUCACCAAGAACACCAAACUGCGGGCGGGAUUGGCGAACGGAUCACGAGGUGUCGUCGUGGGAUUUGAGGCCACAUCAGGCAACCCCGUGGUGGAGUUUGCCAAGGGAGGAGGCAAGCAGGUGGUGGGCAAGGAGCGCUGGAGCGUGAGGACGGGGCCGGAGCGGACGUGCCACAGCAGACGCCAGCUCCCGCUGCGGCUGGCCUGGGCCAUGUCCAUCCACAAGUCCCAGGGGCUGACGCUGGACUUUGCCGAGCUCUCCCUGGGACGCACCUUCGAGGCGGGGCAGGCGUACGUUGCGCUCUCCAGGGCGGCCUCGCUCCAGGGACUCAGGGUGCUGGACUUCAGCAGGGCCUGCGUUAGGGCCGACGCGCAGGUGCUGGCCUUCUACCAGCGUCUGGAAGACUCCUGACCGUCCGCGUCUUUAGGCAUAGUUGUACCGUUUCUGGUCUGUCGCAUUUGGGAAUCUCAUUUUUAGAAUAAAGGUGCGUGUGAUCUGCAAA